UGCCACGUCAACAGUGCCACGUCAGCCAGCAGUGCCCCGCCACCAUGACGGGCGCAGAUCUGGGCAUGCCAGGCCAACUGGCCAACGAGUCCAUUACCGACUACAAAAAGCGUUUCCAGGCUCAGCUCGCUGCAAUCGAGGCUGAGGAACAACGCCAGCUGGCAGUCAAGGCUGCCCAGCUACAGGCUGAAGAAGAGGCAACAGCAGAGAAGCUGCGGCUACAGGCCGAAGCAGACGCAGAUGCCCAGGCUCGCCGCAAGGAAGCCCAGGAUCUGCUGCAGCGGCAUGAAGCCAGCAACAUCGACAGACUCAAGUUCUGGCACUUUGAACCGAACGGCGACGAACCAACACCGGAAGAGAAGCAUAAGGAGUUCAUGGCCAAGCUCGUGACCAGGUUAGUUUAUACUUGUAACCACCUACAGUCCGAGCUGGCGAACCUCCAGCGGGCCGUGCGGAACCAUAAGACUCAGCACGAGGAUGCCACACGGGCACUGGAUGCCCGUGUACUGGACCUGGAACAGGCUGUACCAGGACCAGAUGCUGGGGCUUCGAGCAGUGCAUCCUCUAGCCGCCAACUGGAGGAAUGCGUUGACCACGUAGUGGCAAUGCUAGGAGACAUAAGUGCCUUCACAAAGCCGGCCACCAUCAGCCAGCGGUUCGAGUUGCUGGACACUAAGAUCAGUCAGCAACAGCCGACCGACCACAGCCACAACAACAGCUCGGCAAGGCCAUACAAGAUGCCGACGUUCCGGAUCGAGAAAUUUGAUGACUACACAAAUCAAGACCCGGUCGUCUGGUGGCAAGGAUUUACAACGGAGUUGGGGAUCCACGAGGUCCCUAACCAUCUGUUCAUCAGUGCUCUGUUCAUCAACACCAAGGGAAGAUGUCAGAUCUGGCUCAGCCACAUGGCAACCAUCCACGGCGUCCAGGUUUCAGACCUGCAUAAGAAGGUCUCCUGGGAGGAUAUGACAAAGGAAUGGAAGAAGCGGUUCAUAGUGGAUGACGCGCCUGCGCUCACCAUCAACCGCAUCUUCGCGAUGGCUCAAGGGAGCACACCGACACGUGACUGGCUCACGGAUUGGCAGAAGAUCGUGGCCACGCCCGAUCUGGACCUGCCAUUUCCGCAUCUGCGCCGUGAGUUCUACAACAGGUCGUGUGCCGCUCUGAGCCUCGCACUUGGUGAUCGCGAGCAGUACCACACUUUCGCAGAGAUCAUCAACAAGGCGAGAGAGAUCAUCAAGACCAACAGGUCAGCUGCACACGAGAAAUCAACAUGGCAGCCGACCUAUGUGGAGAAGGCACGAACUGGUCCGCGACAGCAGCACUUCGCUGCAGUCCAGCAGGACAGUGGAGAUAACCCAGCAGCCACUCCAGCAUCAAGUGACGGAGAUCAGGUGGUUGUUGUCCAGCCGCGAAGCAACAACAAGUCCCGCAACAAUGGGAAGGCGAAAUCCGCUUCGCAGGCCGGAAAUGGACAGCCAGUACAAGUUCCAUGCGUCAAGUUUAGCUUGACCGAGGCGGAGUACAAAGUCCGCGGCCGCUACGGCAGCUGCUAUUGGUGCAACAGCACCAAGCACAAGACCUCCCUGUGCCAGGAUCAGGGCAAGGAGGAUGUGCGACCCCGCCUCAGCUCGGGAAACUGAGYUCYSCGGAAGGAGUCCGGCACAACAAUGAAACCAAGUUCGGCUC